CCAACUCUUCAAAUUAUUAUUAUUAUUAUUACUACUACUAAUGUAUGGAUAAUAGUUAUAAAAACUUCUUCCCAACUUCCUCAUCCAGUUUCUUCCACAACUCAUUAGCUAUGGACGAGGAGGAGGAUGAUGAGUUGGAAGAAGAAAGAAGUUUGAAAAAAGUGAAAAGUGAAGAGUCUGGAGGGGAAUUGAAGAAGAAGAAGAAGAUAAGAAAAAGGAGAUUUGCAUUUGAAACGAGGAGCCAAGUUGAUGUUCUUGAUGAUGGCUAUCGUUGGAGAAAAUAUGGUCAAAAGGCUGUUAAGAACAACAAGUUUCCCAGGAGCUAUUACAAGUGUUCGAAUGAAGGCUGCAAAGUGAAGAAGCAAAUUCAAAGGCUAACAAAUGAUGAAGGAGUUGUAUUGACAACGUAUGAAGGAGUUCAUUCCCAUCCUAUUGAAAAACCUCAUGAUUCCUUUCAAAAUAUCUUGACCCAUAUGCAUAUUUACCCUUCUUCUUCUUCUUCCUUUUAAAUCCCCCUUUUAAUUAUAUUUCAUUUUAUUAAUUUACUUCUCAACACAACUUUUAUACUCAUUAAUGGUUGACCCCUUGGUCUUCAUUCUUGAAAAAAUCAACUUAUUAAAGACAAAAUCAUUUUUUCAUAUUUCAUAUAACAUUUUGUGUAUAUAAGAAACAUCAAAAUUGUAACCCUAGAAAUAAUGUAUUUGAUCUAAAGUUGAAAAGUUGGAAGCCUAUUAUACAUUUUUUCGAACUUCAUCAACCAUAAGACAUAAAUCUAAGAGUGUUUCAGCAAAACAUCCAUCUAAAUCCAAGAGCAAUCAAGUCCAAAUAAAAAGAAAGAAAAGUUCAUGCAGUUUCAUUUUCAGUUCUACAAUCAGGAAUAAUGAAGAAGAGGAUGCUUCAUUUACUUAUCUCUAUUCCAUCAUCAUUCACCUCCUCAAUAUUCUUCCUUGCCACUUCAAACGUCUUCUUCUUAUUUCUGUUUUAUUAUUGAAGUUCUUUUUUUUUUUUUUUGUAUAGUUCUUAAGCCAUGAUCAAAAUAUCGAUUAAAAUAGGAUGAAAUAUCUAUGAAUUUGAAGGGUUUGAAUUUUGAUGUCCA